AUGGGCAUUGGAGCGCUGUUCAGCUGGAAGCGAACCGGAGCCAAUGCAUCGGCAGAGCAUGUCAUAGAAAGCCGCGUUGGCAUUUCCUACAUCAGCGCAGACCAGGCUUGUAAGAACGUGGCCAAGGAAGUUUCCUCGGUUACUUUUGAAGAUGCUGUUGCACAAGCGCAAAAUGAGUGGGAAAGCAAGAUCCUCAGUUCAAUAGAGGUCAUCGAUGACGGACAUGAGACAAGCCGCAACGAUACCUUGAAGCUCAUGUUGUAUUCCGCGUUGUAUCAGACCGGCCUUCUACCUACAGACAAGACCGGCGAGAAUCCCCAUUGGAAGACAAGUGAUCGCCAUCCAUACUAUGACGAUCACUAUACAAUCUGGGACACGUAUCGGACAGUGACGCCCUUGUACCACAUGCUCUUCACGAAUACGUACACCCGCGUGCUCUCCGGCCUGAUCUCAAUAUUCACAAACGAUGGAUAUUUGCCUGCUGGUCGUAUUGCAAAUUGGAACGGCAGAGUGCAGGGCGGCACUCAUGCAGAUAUGAUUCUGGCCGAUGCAUACGUGAAGAGUGUGAAGGCUGCCAACGGACAGCGGGGCCGCAAUGAAAUUGGUGGGAUCGUUGACUGGCACGAGGCUUUCAAAGCAGUUCUGAAUGAUGCGGACAAUCUUCCCAUCCACAAUGAGGACUCAGUAACCUUUGAUGGAGCUACAAAAGAAGGUCGGGGCGCUCUGGAUGACUAUCUAUCCUUGCAUUACAUCACUCGCAACCAUACCAGGAGUAUCUCACGAGGUGUGGAAUACUCGCAGAACGACUUUGCGAUAUACUCCUUUGCUAAAGGUCUCAAUGCGCCGGAAGCUGCCCGAUUCCGUGAUCGAGCAGACUGGUGGCAGAAUCAAUGGAAUCCUACUGCCAACACCACUCUGCAAGGAGUCGGUACCUUCACCGGUUUCCCAGGUGCUCGAGACAGCGAUGGAAGCUGGAACUUCACUAACUACGACCCGCUGACUUGUGGUGGAUGUGGUUGGAGCGAUGAUAUAUACGAGGCCAAGGUCUGGGAGACAGCCUUCUCUGCUGCUCCGCACGAUAUGGCAAAGAUCAUCACGCUGAUGGGCGGCGAUGAAGCCUUUGUGAAAAGACUCGAUGCCAGUUUCCUGCCUGGGUUUGGCACGAGUGUUGGCGCAAACAACGAUGCUGGAAGUGCCCUCUUCAAUCCUGGAAACGAGCCCUCAUUCAUGACCCCAUUCCUGUACAACUACGUCAAAGGAAACCACUGGAGAACCGUGAACCAAAGCCGUGCUAUCGUCGACGACUUCUAUUCGGCAGAGAAAAACGGCUAUCCCGGAAACAUCGACGCCGGAGCCCUACCCAGCUGGCUCAUUUUCAACCUGAUCGGCUUAUAUCCCGUCGCCGCACAACCCAUCUACCUUCUCGGAGCCCCCCGAUUCUCAUCCCUGAAAAUCAGACUUUUCCCAGGCACGGCCCAGGCUACUUGGCUAUGGAUCAGAGCCGAGAACUUGUCGGACAAGAGCUGGUAUCCGCAAAAGGUUUUGUGGAAUUCUCGGGAAUUGGAUCGGAGUUGGAUCACGCAUUUUGAGAUGGGUGCUGGGGGGAAUCUUACUUUUGUUAUGGGCGAAGAGCCGAAGAAGUGGGAUUUUGGGGAGCGACCUCCGAGUCUUUCGCCGUGGCCGUAUAUGUAG